AGCACAUUAAACAAUCAUCUUUAGGAUAAAACAAUAGUAAUAAAUACUUUAUCUAAUACUUAACAAACUAAGAUUCAUUCAUAAACAAUUUAGAAUCCUGUGUGUGUGCAUGCGCUUUCAGCUGAUGGUUGCUUAGCAACGACAGUCACAGAAUGUGUUCUAUAUUAGUGUUCCAUACUAGAACAGCGCAUCAGCCAGCAUUCAGGACAGUAACUUGGUGGAUCACACAGCUACUGUACGAAUAGACAAAUCUGUGAUUGUGAAGGACUCGUUCGCUAUGGAUGCUCACUUAAAUCAGUCUUCAGACAACCAUAAUCGCGAGUGGUCAUUGGUUGUUCUGACUUUGGACCCAAAGGUGAACGUACAAGAACUGAUUGAGUCAAUGAAACAGUUCACCCAAAUCCACUCUUUGGAUCUGUCCUAUGAUGAAGACAAUAAUUGCAGAUCCAUUUAUGUGACUUUUGAGCAUUCAGGACGGGAACAGGAACCUCAUCCUGUGCUCCCCACAUACCACUAUAUUGAGCGGAAGACACUGCUUGUGAGCAAUCUGCACCCAAUGGUCACCGAACAACAGCUUAUUGAAAAGUUUGGUCCAUUGGGGUCCAUCUCGACUGUGCAAGUGUGCAGAAACAACAUCGUCUCUCCUGUGUAUGCCUUUGUGACUUUCCAUCAUCGACGUGAUGCAGUGCGAGCACAAAAAGCUCUGAACUUCACUCAUUUACUGAAUAAACCUCUGAUCAUCAUGUGGGGCCCAGACAAGACAACUGAGGUCCUCUCAGAUUAUGACAGCAGCUCUCAAAGACAAACAGAGGAGAGAGAGGCAGCUGGAGAAACAGAGGAGAAAAAGACCAGUGGAGAAACAGAGGAGAGAGAGGCAGCUGGAGAAACAGAGGAGAAAAAGACCAGUGGAGAAACAGAGAGAGAAGCAGCUGGAAAAACAGAGGAGAGAGCGAACAGCGAGUCUUCAUGGAGAAGAAGGAUCUCCAACAAUGUGAAAAGUGCUGUGAAAGCCACGGUAAGCAGUCCAGCAACCUGGGUCGGAGUCGGCAUAGGUGUCUGUGCUGCUUAUGCCUACUUCAGGAGCAGGAGCUAGUGUGGACACAUUCUAAAAGACGAGAAGGCCUGCCUCACAAUCUCCACUCAUCAUCCCCAGAGUGACCAAUCACUGCUCCAGAAAGAAGAGUGACCGAUCACCGCUCCAGACAGUGUAGUGUGACCGAUCACUCAUUCUGACUGAGAACAGUGAUUGGUCACUCCACUUGGCAAUUUCAGCUUGAUUACCCCAGCAGGCCAAACACUUGCAAUAAAUGUGAAUUGAAUAAA